UUGGAUCAUGGUUGAGUCUCUUGGGACUCUUUCACUAGUAGGGUUGAUACCAACCCUAAUUGAAAGUUUGUUGUUACCCAAAUAAAAAUAUUUGUAGAUUUUGGGGGGUUCCAAAUGAUCUAAACAUCGAUUUUCGGAAAUUUGACGACUUUUCAAAUGAAGAUUGGUACCAGUUUCCAGGAUUUCAUCGACGACUUCUCUGGUCCAAAUAUUCAUGGGUUUGAAGCUCGAAAAGGCACAUGCAACAAUACAAGUAGCUGCACUUUGUUGGUUGUGCCCUUUGAACCUCUUAUGGGCUUGGCUGUAGGACCCGGGGCAAAUCAUGACUUGUUUUUCCAGCUCUUUCCAGUCUUUUGUAAGCGCUGACGAUGGCACUUUGGGUGUAGUAGCCCCUUUUUGGGUUUUUCUUUGCAUUUUUUCCACAAAAAAUUUUGACGAACUUUGACUUACCGAAAAAUUUUUGAUUGAUUGAAUUUUGACAGUCAAAAUUUCAGUUAUGGAUAAAUCGCCUGGUAAAAGUCGAGCCCAGUCCCGGACUACGGGAGCAACCUAUUUUGACCCCGACCCCGUCUUGGAGCAAAGUCAGAGAGACCAAAAAAGCCUCAAACCUAAACCUAAAAUCGGACCUUCGGACGACUCAGAUAUCAGACUUCAGCCAUCACUAACGACACGAGUCGAUCUUUUGACCCAUGAUACAAGCGUACCACCUGGUACUAAAUACAAACCGCCCAAAACACGAAAACAAAGACGAGCAGAUCGGGAAAGACGCGAAAGGUACGUCCAGGACCUAAGAUUUUGUAGUUAUGACGUGACCCAAAUGCCAAGUCCGACGAAAAUAACAAAAGUUGAUGUCAAGUUAAAGGCACCUUCAGCUGAAAUCAAAGAAGCUAAAGUUUUUCCACGUAAACCGUCAGUUUCCCCGAGUGAUAUACACCCUGAGGUGCCACCACCAGCCGAGUUGGCGGAACGCCAACCCAAAAGUGGUACCAUCAUCAAUGUGAAACACCCAAGACCCAAGAGACGCAAAAAGAAACCUAAACCAUCACCAGAACCAUUCGAUACUCCCCAAGGACCAACAAUUGAAGAACUCAUAGCGCAAGAAUUGGCCACCAUUCAGGAAAUCGAAGGGGAAGAGGGUACCAAAGUGGAACCUCCACUUGAGAACUACCUGACUAGACAAUUCCGGCGUAAAGUGUCACAAAUGUCUAAAACCACUUCAAUUCAAAGCAAAGACUGGCAAAUCGAGGAGGGUGAAGAUCAAGUGGUACCACAAGAAGACCGAUUUGUAAACACACUAGUGCAGAAAUUUCGUCGCGAAUCAGAAAUCAAACGUUAUGAAAGACCUCGUCGCCAAAUCAAACCAGGAACAUUCGAAAACUUUUCCUUCACAAAAUUGAGACAACCAACUUUGAAAACGUUCUAUUACGGGGUGAAACUCGGUACUGUCCAUCAAGGAGACUUCCAUUUCACCCCUUUGAGUCGUAACAAACAAGGGAUUUGUAUGCCAAUAGCAGCUUAUUGUUUUUCAAUCUUGAAACAUCCAGAUAAAUGGACACAAGCCGAUAUUGAUGAUGUGUUAGAAGCCGGAAAUGAGUUAUUUUUAGAAAGUGCUGAUACUCAACAUUUACAUGGCGAGAAUGUGGAGUUGAAAAUCACCGAUUUGCGAAAGUAUUGCAAGUUGGGGAAACGAAAAGUCCGGUUUGUGGUCAGUGAACCGGAAAUUUCCGGCAUGAUCCGGUCAGAUGACAAGAAAAUCUACAAUUUGACCAAGGCGAUUAAUAUAUUUUUUUCGCGCUACUCCGCAGGGAUUCUACAAACUGAAAAUCUAACUAUUGCACUUUGGAAGGACAAACACUACUAUUUUUUUGAUGCUAGUGCUAGAACUAUUGAUUUGUUUUCACACCCUAAUGGUGUAGCCCUUAUGGCAAAUUUUUACGACACUGCGUCUAUAAUAACAGUGCUUUUGAACCGGUCAAAUCUCGAGAAUGUCCCUUUUAUUAUUUAUUCAAUUAAUGCCUAUAAAGUGUUACUCCGUGAUGCUGAAGAAGUUGACUCGACUGGUGUUAUCCCUGAAAGUGAUAAUUUUCAAGUCUUGGAUGAGGAUAAAGCUGUUGCUUUGGGUUCGUUUGAUUUGGCCGAUAAGUGUUUUGGGUUUUCGCGUAACAAACAAGCCCUUACUAUAGCACUAGUAGCACUAGUUUACUCAAAAAUCUCCCCUCCUAGUUCCUGGCAUAAAGGAACAGUUGAUAAGAUUGUGAUAAUCGGAAAUCAGUUGUUUUUGGAAUGUAUCGAAAACGACUCAAUUGAGGAGGUAAAAAUUGAGGAUUUACCGGCUGUAAUGACAAUUGGGCCGUACCUAGUCGAAGUCUAUAUAGUCCCAAACCUUUUUGUUGAUUUUCUCUUCAAAAAAAGUAAAUGUGUUUUGUUGGAACGUUUGGAGAAGUUUUUCGAGAGUGCCUCCAAUGCCAUCAUCCAGAUUGACAAUUGUGCCUUAGCUGUCUGGAAACAGCGAAAUAUUUACCAUUGUUUUGACCCCUAUUCCAGAAAUAAUGAGGGUUUGAAGUGUCGCGAAGGCACAGCUUGUGUGUCAAUGCACACAACUUUGGAUUCUUUAAUCAAAACAAUUUCUACGAAUUUUGACCACAAAGAUAUGAUUUUUCACAUCCAUGCGAUGAAAGUGUGUAAGAUUCAUCGCGAUCCUGGUACUAGAGACCUCUUCCCCCAAUGUUUAACCAUGAACGAGUACCCAAUCGAAAAUUUCAAAAAAAUUAAAAUGCGAAAAGGCAAAAGAAAAGCUAUUAAAUCAGUAACAGUUGAUCAUACAACUCGAGCUACAUUUCUUGGUGAAAUCCCGGAAGAAUCAAUUUUGGAAGUUGGUUCCAACAUUAGGAGUAUUGCACUUGAGGAUUUACCCCCAAUGGUUCAUAAAGUACCAUCAAGACCACUCCCUAAGGUCACACCACCGGAUCAAGAGUUUGUGGCUGAUUUAGACUCGCCGAGUCUUUCUGAUACUCAAAUUGAACCACCGCCCCCAGAGGAACCCGAAGGAGAACCUUCGAUCGAAUUUGUUGAUCUUGAUGGUUUUGACUUGACCCAGGAAGAGAAAGAAAUGGUUGAGAGAGGUGAAGGUGGUGAAAAAGGUAAAGGUAAGAAAAGUCGCCGGUCCGAAGCGGAAGAAAUAGCCGAGGAGAUGGGUGGUGGGGGUGAAGGUGAGACAGCUGAAGGGGCCCAAGAAUGGUACAUGGCCGCCUCGGAGUUUACCCAAAUCGGGUCACAGUCAUUUGUUAGUCGAAUGUCACAAGAGGUCAAUACUGAACUGUUUCCGAUUGAAGUACCACAAGAGGAAGUACCAGUUUUGGUACGUGAUAUUAGGGCUUUGACCACAAGACGUCGCAUGGAUAUGCAAGCAAUGUACGAGUUUGAAAUGACACAGGAACCAGAAGUGACACUUGCGGAAGAGUUGGCGAAAGAGACGAAUUUUGUCAAUUUACCAGAUGGUAGUCAGAUUAUCCUUGGUGGUACUAAUAUGGCCGCGUUUGGGUCAGAAUUGGAGUUUAUGGCACCGUUUGUGUGUAUUAUGGCCUCGGCUGUGGCCAAAAAGUACUCAAUUGAUUCGUGGUCAAAAGAUGUCGUCGAUUAUGUCCUCAAAUGUGGUUCUGAAUUGCACCAAAACUCUAAUACGCGCUAUGACCAGAAUUUUAAACUUGAAAUUCCGAGGAUUAGUUUGGGAAAAACUGAUUUUAGUAUUAGAGUUAAUUAUAUUUUUGAUACUUAUAUGAAACCACGUGUACUAGCUAUGGCCAUCCAUAAUAUGCUUUUCCCUCAAUGGAAUUCCGGGAUUGUGGUCACUCCAACCUAUUCCUGUGCCCUUUUCUACAAAAAUCAUCUAUAUUAUCUCUAUGACGGUUUUGGUAAUAAUGAAGUUGGUUUGAGUAAAGGUGUUUCAAAUGAAGGAGUUGCGUGUCUUGCACGUUUCAUUAAUAUUGACUCUUUGGUCGCAAGGAUUAUCCACAAUAAGGCAAAAAGGGAACAAGAUGAAAACAUAGAAUACAAUAGGUUUGUUUUAAGUUCGUGUCAUGUCAAGCAAUUACCACGAGAAGAAAUCGAAGAAGAGGAAAUUGUGGAAGAGGCAGAAGGAGCAGAUCAAGAUGACAUAGUCGUGCAAAGCUACAAAAAGCCGAAAAAAGUGGAAGAGAAGAAACCAGUCAGAAUGGGGUACCACUUGGUCGAGAAACUGUACAAAAUUGAAGGUACCAAAAGUCUUGGUGGUGGUGGUACCGUGUCUGAAACCCUCAAAGAAGACUAUUUCGUCUGUCUCGCCGCCUGUCUCCUCCUCCUCAAUCUAGCAAUCAAACGAUGGGAUGAUCGCAAAAUCGAUAUGGUACUCGACCAAGGGAUCAAUAUCUUCAACCAUGUGGAAGACCAUGAUGUGUGUUCGAAGAAAUUUAUCAAAAAUAUUUGUAUCGAUGAUUAUAUUUUCGAUAUUAUUGCUAAUCGGGUCAAAUUUGCAACUUACUCAUCCAGACGGACUUUUCGAUCAGGUAUUGAAACAAUGGUGAAUAAAAAACACGAACAUUUUAUUUUGCAAUUUCCUGAUCGGUGUUACGCAUUGAGUGUCCAAGACAAGAUUUAUCACUUGUUUGAUCCUAAUGAUGGGAAAGCCUCCUGGACAAGAUAUAGCAAUUUUGCGAAGUUGAUCAAACGAAUCAGAAAGAAUUUAACAAAAGGUGGGGAGAGUUACAAUUUCCAUUCUUUUGAAAUUAUGACGAUUAAUAAGGCCCCGAAGAGUGUUAUUGUGAGUAACAGAGUGAAGAAAUAUAAGAUUCCGAAGGGGAAAAAGCCGGAAAUUGUGGGUAAACCAUUCUAUGAGGAUAUUUCUUGGUUGGAAGUUGACCCAAUUCCGUGGUCUUGGCGUUUCAAUAAGGGUGAUUUACCAAGAUGGAACCAAUGGUGGUUUGUGGAUUUCCCCGACGAUUUGUAUUCGUUAUUUGGGAAUUUGAGUCCGUUAGAUGAGAGGUUCCCUCAGGAAUUCCCCAAAAAACAAACCCUCGGGAAUUUAGUCGCCGCAAUUGGGAUGAUUCACAUCUACGAUUUGGCGGAUUGGAAUGGAAAUAUUAUAGAUUCGAUUUUGAUUUUCGGCGAUAAUUACUUUCAAGAGUGUAUUAAAGACAUCAAAGAUGAGAAUUACGAAGUCACUUUUGAGGAUUUGAAGAAAGAGUGCUCGAUUUUCCCUUAUAGUUUCCAAGUGAGGUUUACUCCAGUCGUCGAAGGGACACUUUUCCUUGUCCGUUUGAAACAAUUCAAUUUGUUUAAAGCCUUGAGGGCGUUUUUCGACGAUUAUAUCAAAAGGUUUGGGAUUAUUUGCGUGUCGAAAGGUGACAAUGACAAGAGAUUUUACGCUUUUGGGAAAGUGCAAGAUUCGGAGUAUUUUUUGUACGAUUGUGAGACUUUAGGGCCUCCGAUGUACAUCGAGAGGGAUGCAGGAGUGCCCUAUAUUUUGCGAACCACCACUUUUAACAGACUUUUGCAUGUUAUGACGCUGACUUUGAGAGGUGGGGAUUUUUAUAUCUUCGAAGUGGCAUUAUCCGAAUUUAAAGCAAUUGCUUGAACAUUCUGUGUUGUUUGGUGUAAGAAAUAAAGCGCUUUCGAUU